AUGCUCGUCACUCUCUUCGGCGCCAACGGCAAUCUAGCCAUUCGAAUUACUCGUAUCCUGCUUCAGAAGCCCGAUAUUUCCUUAAAAGGAUACGCUCGUGAUGUUUCUAAGAUCCCGGAGGAAAUUCGAAACCAUCCACGAUACCAGGCGAUCCAGGGUCAGAUUGAUGAUCAAGAGAAGAUUCACGAGACAGUUCGUGGUUCAGAUGUCGUAGCAUGUUUGUAUCAGGGCUUCCAAGAUGUUGUCCUCGAUGGCCAAAAGCUCCUUAUUGAUAUCUGUGAAGAAGAAAAGGUCGGUCGCUUCUUCUCAUCAGCUUAUGUUGGCGAUAUUCGUAACAUGAAAGUCGGCCUACAUGAGCGUAUGGAUCUCCCGCUCCAGAUCUUCGAAUAUCUGAAAGGCAAGAAGAACCUUCCUUCUGUGCAUAUAAUCUGUGGAGGUUUUAUCGAGACGUGGCUUGAAUAUGCAGGUGUAAUCGACCUGGAUACCCAGACUAUCUCAUAUUGGGGUACAGGUAAUGAGAUCUGGGACUUAACUAGUUACGAUGAUACAGCUGCAUUUACAGCUGAAGCCAUCCAGGACAAAAGCGCCGUGGGCUACUUGAAAUUCAGAGGGGACAGAAUCAGCGCUCUCAGUUUGGCAGAGGUAUAUGAGCGUGUUACUGGGAACAAGCCCAAACUCAUUUGCCGCGGCACUCUCGAUGAUCUAUACAAAAAGAUGCAUGAAGAAAAGAGUGUCCACCAAGGCAAAAGCCCUUGGAUCUAUUUGCCACUGUUUUAUACAUACUAUACGAUAACUGGCAGCAAUAUCGUCGAAGAGCCCCUUGAAAACUCAAGGUAUGCUCAUAUCAAGCCACAAACAGUGGAGGAUUUCAUGAAGACACGUGACCUCUCUCACCCUGAAAACUUGCAGGCACCGAUCUCUAAAUCUGAGCGUGUCAAGGCCCGAGGGAACUAA